UUUCAGACCCCAAACAAUAAAGAAGACUGGCUACAAAUUGCAGCAGAAUUUAACAGCAAAUGGAAUUAUCCCUGCUGUUUAGGAGCCAUAGAUGUAAAGCACAUUGCUAUUCAACAACCAGCAGAUACAGGCUCUGAGUUCUUUAACUACAAGCAUUUUUUCAGCAUCAUUCUAUUGGCGAUGGUUGAUGCAAACUAUAAAUUUAUUUAUCUAGACGUUGGGGCAGCUGGCAGAGCAGGAGAUGCUGGCAUUUUUGCUAACUCUGCAUUGAAAAAAGCACUAACAACUAAUUCUUUAGAUCUCCCAGAUGUGAUUGCAUUACAAGGGAUACCAGCAAAGGUGUCAUAUCAUGUUGUUGGGGAUGAUGCCUUUCCUUUGCAUGCCCGAUUGAUGAAGCCAUACCCAUAUUGCAACAGGUGGAGGGUAUUUUUAACAACCACUAAACUAUCACCCGAGAAAGUCAUAGACAUAAUUUUUGCAGCCUGUUGCUUACACAAUUUAAUGAUUGAAAAAAACAAAGCUAGUUACAUAACAGCCACAGACCUGGAGGAUGCAGACCAUACAUUGGUAAGAGGAACCUGGAGAAAUGACCAAGUUUUGAACAGCAUGCAACCAACCAACCUUCACAAUGCAC